AUGAAUACUUCUAUUUCAUUUCUUACCUUAAAAUCGAUUGCAACAUCACCUUUUUAUUCGAGGCCUGCAUACCUAGAUCAUUCUUCUUCAGUAUUUAGCCAUCUAACUUCAUUCAAACAGAUUGCUUCGACAUUUUAUUCAAGCAACCCACAUUUAGAGGCUAAUUUCCAUCAUUCAAAGUUCAUUAAAUCAUUAUCGACUCCAAUUUACUACUCAUCUCUGCAGAUUUUCACAAAAACUCAAUUCGUCAAACGAAAUCAAACGAAAUUCCAAGUUUCAGAUUGCCAAUUCCUUGAGUGUCGUUCCACUGAUGAAAAUGAAGGCGGUGGAGCCAUUCAUAUUGAGCAUACGCCAACAAUUUCGAUUUCGAAAUCUUCUUUUAUUUCCUGUUUCUCAAUCAUCGCGCAAGAAGAUGGUGGUGCAAUAUACCUCAGUGGAGUUAUAACCGAAUCAAAUCUGCAAUCAAAUUGCUUUAUCCAGUGCAGUGCGUCGAGAAAAGGUCAUGCAUUUGCAAUCAAAUCUAAUAAGUGUCUUCUCAAGCAGAACUAUACGUCCAUCUCAAGGUGUCCUGUUUUUUACAAGAAGCAGCAGAAAUCUGCAAUUUUUGUAAAAUCAGAAAUGCAUUCAAGCGACAUCAAUAUAACAAAAUGCGAUGCAAUGUAUUCUCCCGCAUUCUCGAUUAAUAAUGGCAAAGUUGGCUACGGAAAAUACUUCAAUUUAGAGAAUAAUACGGUUGGAAAAUCGUUUAUUCUCUUCGACUACACUUCAAAGGCAUCUUCUAAUCCUACAAUAUUCGAUUCAUGGAAUAUUAUCUUCAACGACUACAAAAACAGAAUGAAAUUCGAAGUUAAAAACCAUUCGAUCAUAAAUACUGUUUUAAUUGGCGGUGAACAAGACUAUUACUGCGAUAUGGUCUCAGGCACAGUCAAUUUCAUUAAUUGCAGAUCAGAAAAAGUUAUUAAAUUCGAACUUGAAGGAGAACAAGAAACAAAGCUCAUUACAAGACUUCAUACGCUUCACGUAUUUCCGAAAAAGAAUAUUACACUCAAUCCAAUCGCAAAAAUUAACAAUAAGGGUUGCCAAGUACAACAACAACCAAAUGUUGACGAUGAAAAGUUGCCUUUAGUUCAAUUUGCGGCACCAUUCAUGGUCGCUGCACUUGGUAUUGUCGUUACUGUAGUUAGCGGAAUUAUAGUAAAAAUUGCAACCAAAUCUCCGAUAAAGAGAGACGAUGAAGAGUCUCUAAGGCUCAGAACGCCAUAA